UCAGCAGGACCUGCACGCCACACACAAUAUUUAACAUGAAGUGAACCCCCGCCCACCUCCGUCCCUCUGCUCUGAGAGGGGAUCGAGCCUCACUCCUGCGCAGCUUCAUGUUGAUCAGCACUGAGGGAACAACGAGAAGAGGAACGUCGCUGGCUGUCAGGCGCUUUUCCCUGACAUUAAACCGCAUCUUGGAACUUUUUGUUCACGUCACCAGCGAAGCCGAGGCCAGGAAACCCAGCAGCACAAAGCAAAGUUAUUUGCCCUUUCCACGGAUUCAUUUGGCCAGACCGGCAGUUCACAGCCUGGUGAUGGAUUUUAAUCUGCUGACAGACAGUGAGACCCGCAGCCCGGCGCUGUCUCUCUCUGACUCCGGAACACCGCAGCACGAGUCGGGAUGUAAAGGCCAGGACCAAAGCGACACUGAGAAAUCCCAGCAGACCAAGUUGGAUGAGUCGGGUGUUGAAGAUGGCUCUCUGAAGAAGAAGCAGCGGCGGCAAAGGACUCACUUCACCAGCCAGCAGCUCCAGGAGCUGGAAGCCACCUUCCAGAGAAACCGCUACCCAGACAUGAGCACAAGAGAAGAGAUCGCCGUGUGGACCAACCUCACUGAGGCUCGGGUCAGGGUAUGGUUUAAAAACCGCCGUGCAAAGUGGAGAAAAAGGGAAAGGAACCAGCAGGCAGAGUUGUGUAAAAAUGGCUUUGGCGCCCAGUUCAAUGGACUCAUGCAGCCGUAUGAUGAAAUGUACACAGGCUACUCCUACAAUAACUGGGCAGCCAAAGGGCUAGCAAGCAGCCCGCUGUCUGCCAAAAGCUUCCCAUUCUUUAACUCAAUGAAUGUAACGCCCCUGUCAACCCAGCCUAUGUUCUCGCCUACAAGUUCCAUCUCCUCCAUGAACAUGCCCUCUAGCAUGGUGCCCUCGGCUGUAACUGGAGUCCCUGCUGCCGGGCUAAACAACCUGGGGAACAUCAAUAACCUCAACAGCCCCACAGCGCUCAACUCUGUAGCGGUGACUGCAGCCACAUGCCCCUACGCCACCACAGCCAGCCCCUACAUGUACAGAGACACCUGCAAUUCCAGCUUGGCUAGCCUACGGCUUAAAGCAAAGCAGCACACCAACUUCGCCUAUCCAGCGGUGCAGAACACCGUGUCCAACCUAAGCCCCUGCCAGUAUGCUGUGGACCGGCCUGUAUGAACUCCACAUAUGACUUUACAAACCAGCUGUAAAGCCCACCGCCACUCCGAAUUCUCAUCUCUCCAGUUCCAUCUCUAAGCCGCUGGUGGUGCAGCAGGUCAGUUUGUGUCCUGAUGGUUAACCAUCAAUCGAGUCACAGUCAAGACCAACAAAUGGGACUCCACAGAUGGACCGUUGUUUCUUCUACGGAUUGACCACAGUUGCAGAACUGAUCGAGCAUUUUCAAGCUAGUUUUAAAGAGGAGGAUUUGAUUUUCCUUCUUUUGAACUGCAUGAUGAGAGAAAUAGCAGAAAUCACAGAUAAGUGAACUGUUGGACUGGUUGUUAGCAUCUUGGGUAAGAAAACCCAAGAUGCUAACAGAGCAGAGCUCUCACAGAAAGUGGGCUUAUGGUUUCAAAGCCAGCAAUUUUUUUUCCUGCUUUCAGUGAAUAUAUAUAAUGAGCCCCAAGUUAUUCAUACCCCUGGCAAAAUUAGACACAAGUGUUUUAUUCAACCAAGAACCUUACUUCUGUCCAAAUGUAGACAAUGUGAAAGGACUAUGAAUAUUAAAAUUUGAUCUGUUUUUGUUUAAAUUAUAUUAAAAAGGCCUUUCCAAAAUUAUUUCUAUGUUUCUUAAUGCUUGAAGGAAAAAUCAUAAUUGGCAAUGCAGCAGUCUAACUUUCUCCUGUAAUAUCUGACCAGCAGUUUUUCACGUGUUCACAGGAUAAUUUAUCUUUAGCAAAGCUGUCACCAAAUAUUUUUAGCUCUCUCUCCUCAGAUUCAAGAUGGGAUUCUGGGUGGAAAACAAAAUAAUAGUAUAAUAUUAUUAAUAACAUCAAAUACUGAUAUUAUUUUGAGUCCGAAGAACAUGUUGGCUAAAUUAUACUUGGAAUAUUACUUUAACGCUAAAUCUGUCCGGGGUAUGAAUAUGGUAUCGUAUGACAGAAACCUAGUAAGGACCAUAGAUAAACAUUCUAUGUGCAGAGUAUUUAGAAACUAGAAUUGCAAAAAAAAAAAAAAAAAAAAAAAAAAAAAAUGGUUUUACCCUGCAGGUCCUCAUGGGGAACUCUGGAGUUUGAGAAGUCUUGAAAGUGAACACGAGUCUGUAAUUUUAAAUAGAAAGUUACCUAUUUAAAUACAUGCUAUAUUCAGUACACGAGCAAAAUUUUCAAGCAAAACUCUGAAAAGCCAUUUAGUAUAGAAAUUUGUUCCUGGUCCAUGGCCGUAAACAUGUAUGUAAGAAUGCGAAGCAAACAUUUAAAAAUACAAGCUUUUAUCCUGGUGUUGCUUGCUUUGUCUCAUCAAAAAUAAGCAAAGGAAAUGUUUCCAUGAACUACAAGUAGACUAUCCAAUUAAACAGAGCGUCCCAUUACAACUAAAAAAACUCUAGACAGCUCCAGGUUACUAUGUUCCUAAACCCCUUCGUCUCUCUACAUUGCACUGUUACCAUCUUAUCCUUGUACUUAUCAUUCCUUACCAAUGUACUUACCCUUUGGUAUGUUUUUGUUGUUCUUUUUUUGGGGGGGGUGGAUGUGCAUCUUAUGAAAUCACAGAAAUAAACAUUGGUUAAAAAAAGAAUCUCUAUGUCCAGGCAAAAAGGUCCUGUAAAGUCCUAUUAAAAUGCAAGUAUUUAUUAUUACUUCCUUGGGACAUGAAUUUUUUAUUUUUAUUUUUUGAACAUUUACCAAAAAAGUGAGAAUUUUGCAUGUGUUAAUCAUGACGAGAACGUUAGUACUUGUUCUCACAGUGUUCCCUAAACUGUAGCUUUCUGGACUUUAUGCACUCACUGGCCACUUUAUUAGGCACACCUUGCUAGGACCGGGUUGGACCCCCCCCUUUUGCCUUCAGAACUGCCGUAAUCCUGACCGUGGCACAGAAUCAGCAAAGCACUGGAAACAUUCCUCAGAGAGUCAGGUCCAUAUUGACAUGAUAGCAUCGCGCAGUUGCUGCAGAUUUGUGACUGUCGGGAUUGUCUGUUAGAAGACUCAGAAUAACUGUGUCAUCUGAAAAUGUUAUUAUAUUCUGAUUGGGUUGACAACUAACACAUUCAUCUGUGUACAAAAUGAAAAGGUAAGGCAGACUAACCCCCCAGCCCUGUGCUACUUAACUUGGGAUCAGAGUUGUACUUUACUUGCUGAGAUCUUUUUGAUAAAAAAAAA